CUCGAGCGGCCGAGGGGAGAAAGCGGGCGGAGCGCGAGCGCGCGGAAAGACCAACGGAAAAUGCCGAAUAAAAGCAAGAAAGACAAGGAGCCCAACAAACCCAGCAAGAGCACCAAGAGCGGCGGCAAAGAUGGUGCCGACAACACGGAAGAGGUCCAGCAGCAGCCAAGUGCAAAUAAACGUCCCAGUAACAGUGCUCCACCUCAAACCCAGCUCAAUAAAAUCAAAUACUCCGGAGGGCCGCAGAUUGUGAAGAAAGAGAGACGUCAAAGUUCAUCUCGCUUCAACCUAGCAAAAAACCGAGAACUUCAGAAACUUCCAGCCCUUAAAGAUGCACAGACUCAUGAGAGAGAAGAUUUGUUUGUUCAAAAGUUACGACAAUGCUGCGUCCUCUUCGAUUUUGUCUCUGACCCCCUCAGUGAUCUCAAAUACAAAGAGGUGAAGCGAGCAGGUUUGAACGAGAUGGUGGAGUACAUCACACACAACCGGGAUGUCAUUACAGAAGCUAUUUACCCUGAGGCUGUUAUUAUGUUUUCAAUAAACCUGUUCAGGACAUUACCACCAUCAUCUAACCCCACUGGAGCCGAAUUUGAUCCAGAGGAAGAUGAACCUACACUGGAAGCAGCCUGGCCACAUCUCCAGCUUGUCUACGAGUUUUUCCUGAGGUUUUUGGAGUGUGCUGAUUUUCAACCAAAUGUAGCCAAAAAGUAUGUCGACCAGAAAUUUGUCCUGUCGCUGUUGGAAUUGUUUGAUAGUGAAGAUCCAAGGGAAAGAGAUUUCCUCAAGACUAUCCUUCAUAGGAUCUACGGCAAGUUUCUGGGCUUGCGGGCGUAUAUCCGGAGACAAAUAAAUAACAUCUUUUACAGGUUUAUCUACGAGACUGAGCACCAUAAUGGAAUUGCAGAACUUCUAGAAAUUUUGGGCAGUAUAAUCAAUGGGUUUGCAUUGCCAUUGAAAGAAGAGCAUAAAAUGUUCCUGAUUAGAGUAUUACUGCCCCUGCACAAGGUGAAAAGUCUCAGUGUCUACCACCCACAGCUGGCCUAUUGUGUGGUGCAGUUCCUUGAGAAAGACAGCAGCCUCACCGAGCCAGUGAUCGUAGGUUUGCUCAAGUUCUGGCCAAAAACACACAGUCCAAAGGAAGUGAUGUUUCUGAAUGAACUGGAAGAAAUUCUCGAUGUCAUUGAACCUUCGGAAUUUGUGAAAGUAAUGGAACCUCUGUUUCGACAGCUCGCCAAAUGUGUGUCCAGUCCACAUUUUCAGGUGGCAGAGCGUGCUCUCUAUUAUUGGAACAAUGAAUAUAUCAUGAGUUUGAUCAGUGAUAAUGCGGCCAAGAUCCUCCCUAUAAUGUUCCCUGCACUCUACAAAAACUCUAAAAGUCAUUGGAACAAGACAAUCCAUGGAUUAAUUUACAAUGCAUUGAAGCUAUUUAUGGAGAUGAAUCAGAAGCUGUUUGAUGAUUGCACUCAGCAGUACAAAGCAGAGAAACAAAAGGAGAAAUUCAAACUGAAAGAGCGUGAGGAGAUAUGGCAAAAAAUUGAGAAUCUGGCCCAACACAAUCCUCAGGCCAGUGCGUACAUUGAGUCAUCUGCUGUCAGCCCUGUGUUUUCCAUGGAAACAGAGACUCCCACUACAGAGGAUAUCCAGCUCCUGAAGAAAGCGGUGGAGACUGAGGCUGUUCAGGUGAAAGAGAAGAUCAAAAAAGAGAAGGCUUUGCUACGCCGAAAGUCAGACCUGCCUCAGGAUGUGUACACUAUAAAGGCCCUUGAAGCACACAAGCGGCCAGAGGAAUACCUCAGCUCGAAUCAGGAGGCGCUCUGACGGGCAGUGCCUGCCCUACCCCUGGCCCCAGUCCCAGGAUGUUCGCAGAGAUGCACUCUGUCAGUGUAAAGCAUAGAAUGAACUGUUGAUCAGUGUUUAUGUAAAGCUGCAUCCAUUCUUUUGUUACCUGCUUCUUUUACGUUUUCCCCAUUUGUUGUUUCCUGCAUCCCUCUACUGUUCCAGUCUGUCAGUUGGAUGGGUUUAUAUUUUACUGUUGUGCAAAAAAAUCAUGUGGACAAUAGCAAACAUAUGAUGCCCAGAGACAGCAAGAAAGCAAACUGCUACAAAGGCCUAGAGAAGUAGUUUGCACUGUCCCCUCAAUUUGUCUUUAGUCUAAACAUAGUCUGCAUAAUCCCCACAGUUAUUAUCUAGCCUCAAGGUGGUUUGCUCUGUCCCCUGUGCUUCUGUCUAACCUACGGCCAGUAUGCACUGUCCUCUGUGGCUCUGUCUAACCUACGGCCAGUGUGCUCUGUCCUCUGUGGCUCUGUCUAACCUACAGCCAGUGUGCACUGUCCCCUGUGGCUUUGUCUAACCUACAGCCGGUGUGCUCUGUCCCCUGUGGUUCUGUCUAACCUACGGCCAGUAUGCUCUGUCCCCUGUGGCUCUGUCUUAACCUACAGCCAGUGUGCACUGUCCCCUGUGGCUCUGUCUAACCUAUGGCCUGUGUGCACUGUCCCCUGUGGCUUAGUCUAACCUACAGCCAGUGUGCACUGUUCAACCUACAGCCGGUGUGCUCUGUCUAACUUAUGCCAGUGUGCACUGUCCCCUGUGGCUUUGUCUAACCUACAGCUGGUGUGCUCUGUCCCCUGUGGCUCUGUCUUGCCUACGGCCAGUGUGCACUGUCCCUUGUGGCUUUGUCUAACCUACGGCCAGUGUGCACUGUCCUCUGUGGCUUUGUCUAACCUACGGCCAGUGUGCACUGUCUUCUGUGGCUGUGUCUAACCUACGGCCAGUGUGCACUGUCCUUUGUGGCUGUGUCUAACCUACGACCGGCGUGCAUUGUCCCCAUUGCUGUGUCUAACCUAUGGCCAGCGUGCACUGUGCACUGUCCUCUGUGGCUCUGUCUAAUGUUCGGCCAGUAUACACUGUCCCCUGUGGCUCUGUCUAACGUACGGCCGGUGUGCACUGUCCCCCGUGGCUCUGUCUAACCUACGGCUGGUGUGCACUGUCCAUCCCCUGUGGCUCUGUCUAACCUACGGCCGGUGUACACUGUCCCCUGUGGCUCUGUCUAAUCUGUGGCUGGUGUACACUGUCCCCUGUGGCUCUGUCUAAUCUGUGGCCGGUGUGCACUGUCCCCCGUGGCUUAGUCUAACCUACGGCCGGUGUACACUGUCCCCUGUGGCCCUGUCUAAUCUGUGGCUGGUGUACACUGUCCCCUGUGGCCCUGUCUAAUCUGUGGCUGGUGUACACUGUCCCCUGUGGCUCUGUCUAAUCUGUGGCUGGUGUACACUGUCCCCUGUGGCCCUGUCUAAUCUGUGGCUGGUGUACACUGUCCCCUGUGGCCCUGUCUAAUCUGUGGCUGGUGUACACUGUCCCCUGUGGCCCUGUCUAAUCUGUGGCUGGUGUACACUGUCCCCUGUGGCCCUGUCUAAUCUGUGGCUGGUGUACACUGUCCCCUGUGGCUCUGUCUAAUCUGUGGCUGGUGUACACUGUCCCCUGUGGCUCUGUCUAAUCUGUGGCUGGUGUACACUGUCCCCUGUGGCUCUGUCUAAUCUGUGGCUGGUGUACACUGUCCCCUGUGGCUCUGUCUAACCUAUGGCCGGUGUGCACUGUCCCCUGCUUCUCUCUCUAACCUAAGGCUAGUCUGCAGUGUCCAAUCAUCCACCUGACCUUAUUGUUGGCUGACUAGACCAUUGUUGAGAAAUCAAUGGUUUUGUUUCGUACAAAUCACUGUAAAGGUUAAGUAGUAGAUUUCCAGAAAUGGCAUCAAGUACCUGUCAGUGCUCUAUAUUUUUGUUUCUCUCCUUUUGUCCUUUUCUCCACUGAACAGUUUGGCCUGAUGCUGUGAGAUUAUUAUACAGGUGUCUGCUGUUUCUGAUUUCAUGCAGUCAAGCUUUUUAGCCACAGAAUGUAUCACUCUGUCCCUAUCCACUGCAGCAUUUGUCAAGAUAGCAACUUGAGAAGCGUGGCUGGUAUACCCUGUACUCUCCCAGUAGAACUGAAGUCAGUUGUUUGUACUUAAGCCCUUCUCUGGUAAAGUUACAGUUGAGACCAAUCUGGACAGCUCAACACCAAACUCUUCAGUGCUGAUACUCUGUGAUCAAAAUGGGUGAACAGGGUGAAGUUCAAUUCAGGGUAACUCUUCAGCAAAUAAUUGGGUCUGUUGCCCUGGAGUUUCUUUCACCCCCUUUAUGUGCAGUCAGCAGUUAUGUAACAUUCAAUGAACAAUAGGCAUUGUAUAUUGAAUAUCACACUGAAACACUUCAGGAUAUGGCAGUGGUCAUCCUUAAAAUCUGGCACCAGUAUUCCCCAUGUUACAGUGUUGAUGAUCACAGUACCAAGCUAACCCUCUGGCAGCACCUUCACAAAGUGAAUUGCCUUUUGUGUUUUUUAAAUGUUAUGUUAUUGACUGUGAUCAUCAGGACUGGAACCCUGAUCAUUGCAGGUGUGAUCUGUUUCUCCAGCUUCUCCUAACUGCUUCCUGCCAUGUUCCUUUCUCACCCAUGACAAUAAAGCAUUUGAUAUUAUUUGAUUUUUUUUCCUCUUCACAAAAUCAUGUCAAAGUAUUAAGUGGAGUGACAAAGGCUGUUUCCUUCCAUAGUUUAAUAUUAAAUGCCAGACUGCAGCAGAGGCUGAAGACAUAUCCAAUUGUUGGGCUAAUAGAGUACCACACAUUGGAGGCUUGCCAUGUCAGGAUUUUGAGUUUCCCACAUUUAUAAAAGGACAAUGGUCAUUUAUAUAUUGGUCUGUCGAAAUGUGAUUUGCAUAGCUACUGUUUCAGAUAUAAGCCAAUAAAAUGGAGAGUCCAUUCACCUACAGAGAUUAAAUGGGAGUUCUGGGUGGGGAGCAAACUAGGGUCACUCUCAACUCUGGUUUGUAUUCAAGUCCCACACUCUUCCCCUCCCACACUGACACUUGCUUUCCACAGCAACAUAAGGUGUGAGGCAAGCAAUGCAUCAAGUUAACAAGGUGGUGGCUGAUGGGAGGUGGUAGUGGAGACCUUUUCUGGUUUCUUCCCCAUCUCUUCUGUGUCCAUGAGAUCAGCUUUCAAUCCUUUUCAGUAACUUCAACAAACUUGCAGCACAAAUUAAUGAUGUUUUACAUUACAUGGAACAUCCAAGCCCAGUUAAAAUUAAUUCUUUGUGACAAUACUGAAACUAUGUUGUUUGAAUUUAUUCAAGGAUAUAAUGUACCACUAGGGUAUAGACCACGCUGGCUAUGGACUUCAUUAUUUGUGAGAGAUAGUUGUCUGGUGGGCCAUCUUUACAGUAUUCAAAUUUCAUAAAGUUGUUUUAAUACUGCAGAAAACCUUUAAAUAAUAUUGCUUUGCCAAAUUUCAUUCACUUUUUUUGAUCUGAAAACCAUUGUAUGUAUUAGUUAUAGGAAUGUACACUGCCCUAGCUAUCACCUAACGUUAGUGACUAGCUUCAUUGGCACUUUUCUCAGAGUCAGAAAGUUGUGAUUUUUAAGAGUCUGCUCAAGUAGAAUCGAGGCAGAAAUUUCAUCAGGCUCAUGGGAAUUGUGUGGAAGUGGAGAGCCUGCCAACUUAAAGGGGGCAUCUGGACAUCCUCCAAGAAAGUAGAAUGCAAGAAGGCAAAGGGAAUUUUUCCAUUUACUGCUGAAGGAUAGAGUAUAGAAGUAUUGCUGCAAUUGUUCAGGGCAUUAGUGAGACGUGUGUCUUGUGUACAAUUUGGUCUCCUUAUUUGAGGGAUGUAGUUGCACUGGAGGCAGUUCAGAGGAGCUUCUUUAGGUUGAUUCCAGAGGCGAGAGGUUUCUGGAGUGUAGAAGGAGAUCUAAUUGAGUUAUGCUAGCUGCUAAAGGGGAUUGACAAAGUAGAUGGAGAAAGGAUGUUUUCCCUUAUGGGGCAAUGUAAAAUGAGAGGUCAUAGUUUUAGUAAAAAGAGUUGCAGAUUUAAAACAGGUGAGGAGAAAUUACUUCUCUCAAACAGUCAUGAGUGAGUAGACUUCCCUACCCCAGAGUGUUGUGGAUGUUGGGACAUUGAGUAAAUUUUAACAGGAGAUGGACAAAUGGUUUUAAAUAGGAAUAGGUUGAAAGGCUAUGAAGAGAAGGCAUGAAAGUGAAUGUGAGCCCAAGAUGAGAACAGCCAUGAUUGUAUUAAAUGAUGGAGCAGGUUCGGUGGUCUGAAUGGCCUACUCCUGCUCUUAGUUCUUAUAUUCUUAAAGUUGGGGCAAUGAGACUCCAUCUGCUUGUUAUAGAUGGCUAAGAUCAUAAGACGUAAGAGCAGAAGUUGGCCAUUCAGCCCAUCAACUUUGUGUCUUUCAGUGAGAUUGUGGCUGGUCUGCUAAUCCUUCACUCCGCUUUCCUGUCUUUUCCCUAUGAGCCUGAGAUUUUUAAACAGCAAGGGAAUAAGUUUCCAUCUUGAAUAUGCUUAAUGACUCCUCCUCAAUAGCCAUUUAUGGUUUAAAAAAAAAAUUCUACAGAUUCACUACCCUCAGAAGAAAUUUCUCUUCCAACUCUUGUCUUAAAUGUGCAACCCAUUAUUCUGAAAUUAUGCUCUCAUAUCUCAGAUCUUCCGGUGCUUAAAAGGAGCAAUAUAUUUGUCUGUAUCUUGGCUUGGUCUACUUCCCAAAUCCAUAGUAUCAGAGAGGUGCAAUAAUUAUUUAUUCACUUGCUCAGAUUGGAAAUUAUUUGGAAUUUGGUGAGGUGGUAAUUACUAAUCCCAGUCGUUAAAGAGGAAGAAAUCCAUACGAAGCACAAAAAGAAAAGAAAUGGAAUAAUGCAGUAUGUCCCAAAGAUCUUGUGCUGGGACAACGAUCUUGCUAAUUUACGUAGAAAUAAUUUCAGAAUGAGUUUGCAUAUUAUCUCCAAGAUUGCUGAUGACAAAUUCAGGGCAAAUUGUGAACAGGAAUGCAGGUGGAAAUAAGUUAGCAGAGUGAGCAGUCAUGACAUGCAGGAAAAGAGUUGGAGUAUAAGAGUAAGGAAGUCUUACUGCAACUGGAGAAGGUACUGGUGAGACCACAUUGGGUAUACUAAGAGCAGUUUUGGUGAUCUUAUUUAAGUUCAUUAGUGGCAGUUCAGAGACGGUUCAUUAGGAUAACCCCCCCCCCCCCCCACUAUGAAAGGAUUGUCUUUUGACCAAAGACCAAAUAGAUUGCGACUCUCCUCACUGGAGUUUAAAAGAGUGAAAGGUGAUCUCAUUGAUGUGUAUAGAAUAUUCAAGGGAUUUUACAGAGUAAAUGCUGAGAGGAUGUUUCCCUUCCAGGGGAAAGUCCAGACCAGAUAGCGUAGUCUCAGAAUAAAUGACAACCAAUUUCAGACUGAGAUAAGGAAUUUCUUCUGUGAAGGUACAGUUUUUGAAACUCCUUGUCACAGCGAGCUGUUGGAACAGUUACUGUGGGAUACUCUUUAAUUCGUAGAGGAAUCAGACGUUAUGGGGAAAGGACACAGAAGUUGAUGUAAGGAAUGUUGGAUCAGCCACGAUCCCUUUGAAUGGCAGAACAGGCUCGAGGGGCCAAAUGGCGUACUCCUGUUCAUCUUUCUUAUGGUCUUAUAGGUGAAGGUCAUUAAUCAAUAUUGCAUGAUGGGGCAAAAUGAGUGAGGGAGCGGCGAUAAACAGUGACCUUUAUAAGUGGCCAAAAAGAAAAGUUAAUUUUUGGUUUUGAGAUUUUAAUGUAAAGGAAGAAAAUGAUGGCGAGUCAUAUUGGAUGUCUGUGAAUUUGUGGGGCAGCACGAUAGCUCAGUGGUUAGCACUGUGGCCUCACAGCACCAGGGACCAGGGUUCGAUCACAGCCUUGUGCAACUGUGAAGUUUUCAUGUUCUUGCUGUAUCUGCAUGGGUUUCUCCCCGCCUAUAGCCCAAAGAUGUACAGGUGGGUAGAUUGGCCAUGCUAAACUGUACAUAGUUUCCAGGGAUGUGCACGCUAUGUGGAUUAGCCAUGGGAAAUGCAGAGCUAUAGGGAUAGGGCAGGGGAAGUAGGUCUGGGUGCGGUACCCUGGAAUGUCAGAGCUGGACCAUAUGGCUCGUUUCCACAUUGUGGGAAUUCUAUGAUUUAAUACUCCGGCUGUAACCUUUUAUGUGGAUUUAUGAACCCUGGUAUGGAGAUAUUGGAGUUAAAGGCUAUAAUAAGGGUUUCAAUGGAAUAUGCCUGUCACUUGCUCAUCAGGACCAUUAGGAGGUGGGCGAUGUAGUUACCACAGUCAAAGUGGAAGAACUUCUGAGCAGCUUAGUCUAUUGCUCUAUUCAUGAUACAAUGCACCAUAUUGAACGGAUCUGGUCACUGCAAUUGUUUGAGGUUUUAGUCAUCCCAAUGUGCCAACAAUACUAACUGAGGAAAACUAGAAUAAAAGUCUUGUGGCAAAAUGAUGUAGCCUUAUAAUCCUGAGAGUAUAUAGGGACCAUUAUGUAGCCUGAGGUACAUUUUACUGACCAAGGGAGAAGUUAUUCUGCACCCUUAUAGUUUAGCUUUACUGACCCCAUUGCUCACUACUGUCCCAAAUCUAUCAUGUUAGUUCUUGGUAGGUGUACAAUAACUACAGAAGUCUAUCCUUGCAAUUAUUCACUUGAUAACCUUUUGUUGGGUCACGAAGAAGGUUAAAGAAUAAAACAACUUUCUUUUGUCAAUCAUCAGACACUUUUUGUUAUUUAAAAAUGGAAUAUCUACAAAGACAAUUGUAAGAACAUAAGAUAUCAUUGGGUGGAAAAAGAAUCUGAUGGAACCAUUUUUCUGAAUGUUCAUACAGCUUGUACUUUAAGCCACAUGUGCAGUUAUAUCAUCUCUUCCUCUUGGGACAGGAUAACCAUGUAUCCCUGCAGUUUCUACAGCUCACUCUCUGCCCCUUCCUCUCCCUUCAUUUACUGUCAUCUGGCAUAAUACCCCACACAGCAAUUGUCAGUCUAUUUUCAUGGAUAAAUUGCUUUUCCUUCUCACCACCUUCCCUCCUGAACUUGCUAGAAAUAUCGUUCUCAGAAUAGUGACCCUCAAGUAACUUACCAAUUGUUUGUGUUGAUCAUGAGCCCAGAAGACUCCGCUUGCAUCUUGACCCCAGAUUUUCAGCAUGUCUUAGCUUCAAAUGUGAAGUUCAUUGGAAGGGAUUUUGUAAUGGUUCAAUUUGAUUUGAAGAAGUUUUGUUUUUUAGAACUCUUUGACGAGACUCUAGGGUGGUCUGAAACUGACUAGAUGGGACUUAGAAUAAAUCAUUUUUUAAAAAGGUUCACUCUGGUAAACUAUAUUGAUGGAAAUAACUGCCCUAAGCACAGAUUCAUCUCUUGCCACUUUAGAAUAAGUUGAUGAAAAUUCAGUAGAGGUUGGAAUUAAUCUGGUUUCUAGAACUGAGGGAUAUUAGGUUGAGAGAUCUUGGGAUUGUGGUUCAUUCAGAAACAGUGAAGUGGUUCACACUGAAACAGAUUUCUCUAAAUUAGUAUUUUAAGAUGGAUUUGUCUUGACUGUAAGAGUGAGCUCCUAACCACUGCUUUAACUCUGUUGGCAAAACAAAGGGUGAGAUGAGAAUGUAUCCAGUUACAAAUUCUGAAUGGUUGGAAUGCUACCAGAUUCAAUUCCAGCGUUGGGCAACUAUCUGUGUGGGUUUCCUCCAGGUGCUCCGGUUUCCUCCCAUAUCCAGUGAUGUGCAGGUAAAGUAGAUUAGCCAUGGGAAAUGCAAGGUUACAAGGAUAAGGCAGAGUGUUCUUUGGAGAGUUGGGCCAAAUGGCCUGCUUUCACACUGUAAGGACACUCCCAAGGAAAACUGUUAAUAAAGAGCCUGUAGUAAGUGUAGGCCUAUAAUUAAACCAUGAAGGGAAGUAAUCAAGUGACAGUUACUUUAAAAAGAACAAAAACAUGUAUGUACAAAAGUGAGGUUGCAGCUAUGGAUUCCACUGUGGAAUAGUUUAGAAAGAAUCACAGAAAUGAACUUUUAAAAAGUUCUCUACCCAUAGGAUGACAGCAGGGCCUGCUCAAAGCUACAUUUCCUCGAUAAAUCAGGCCUACAUCAAACCUAAACCCCUACAUCCCAAUAAAAUCUUCAAACUGGGCACUCUAGUAUAAAGCAAGAGUUUCUGCACUUUUUUUUUAUAAAACUGAAUCCAUUUGGGAGUGAUGUAAAUAUUCUAGCCUCUUCCAAUUUCACAUUCAUUCAGUUUUGGGGAGAGGAAUUAUUUAUCAGCAUUUUGUGUUUAAUCAUGAAAAGGGAGUGGCCAUAACUAGAGGUUGUCAGUUUCCACUCCACCUUGAUGUAUUUUUAUGCUUGGCUUGUCUUACGUACGAUGGAAAAUUUAAGCAAUAUGUUAUCAAAUAUCUCUUGGAGUAUACAUAAUGUCAAUGAAUCUUUACUAGGACUGCAACUUUUAAAAGAAUGUUCAGGCUUAUUCAGGGAGCUUGUAUUCAGUGUUGCACAUACUCAUGUACUGUAUGCUAUUGUAUCAAUAAGGGUUGUUAAAGAGAACAGCUCUUGCCUCGGUCUCCUAACACUACCACCAAAUACAAAUGUAAUCCAUAGUAAUUUCAGCUUUUUUUUUCUCUUUGUGUAAUGUAUAUUUGCAAAUUCCAGCUGAUCCUUGAUCAUUCCAGGCUUGGGUGGAUGGAGUUAUCAUGGGUCCAGUAACGCAAGUAUUAUCUUUGGGAAUGUGAGUGUGUAUUAGACUACAAUACCUGCUGGUUUCAGGCCUUUAGGUAUCCUUGUCUACACUUGGUUUCUAUUUUGACAUUUAGUGCGGGAAUUUGAAAUGAUUUUUGAUCCGAAUCCUGAGGGUGGGGACAAGUCCUUUGUUGUAUUCCAGGGAUGUUUUAAGAAGUGUGCAAGACAAAAGACCAUCUGGACCUUUUUUUUGUAGUUAAAACAACUCCCUUAUCUUAAUUCCACUAUCUGUUCUUAUUUUUGUUAUUUUCCAGAGCUUUUGCCUUUGCCACUUUACUCAAAUUUAUUUCCAACGUUGAUCACUUGCUGUGAAGAAUUUUUGUGACACUAGCUCUGAAUUUGCCUUUGUCUUGAAUUAAACCUGUGUCCUCACGUCUUCCUUUAGUUUGGUAAUUUUUUUCAAUUUUCCAAGCCACUUACUACUAUCUUCUAUACCUCAGUAUAGCCAGGCACUUUAAAGAAAAUGUAUUUUUGUCUGUUCUGCCCAGUAGAAUAUUUUGUUCCAAUCUAUUCUUAGUUAGAGUGGUGUAUCAGAACCAUCUGCUCCUCCCAAGUAUGGUGACAUUGACCAAUUAGCAGUGAAAUAGUUACCAUCCUCUUGGUGUUGAAUGGCUAAGAAUAGCCUUGAAAUUGUGUUGCUGGUUAAAGCACAGCAGGUCAGGCAACAGAUCCUGAUGAAAGGCUCUGGCCCGAAACGUCGAAUUUCCUGUUCCUUGGAUGCUGCCUGACCUGCUGUGCUUUAACCAGCAACACAUUUUCGGCUCUGAUCUCCAGCAUCUGCAGACCUCACUUUUUACUCUAAAAAUAGCCUUGAUCAAAUUACAAUUAUUAACGCACAGAAGAGGCCAUUCGGCCACUAUUGUCACCUGCUUGCUAAUGAAUAUUUCAUUUAUUCAUUAGCUUCCUUGUAAUCUUCCGUGUUGUACCUGUUCCUAUUGCAGAUUAUCUGCCUUUUGAAUAGCAUUGAUUGAACUUGCCUGCAGCACACUUUUCAGGCAGUGUGUACCAGAGUUUAACCUAUUCCUGCAGAAAUAAACUGUUCCUCGUACUGUUUUUAUUUUGCUGCUUUUACCAAUGACUUUAAACAAAUCUGAAAUUUAAUGAAUGAUCUGGAAUUGUGGUAGGCAGAGAGAACAAGUUCCCUUGUCCAGCUGAUCCCAUUGCCUGUCUUGCAUCCUAAUAGGUAUUUCUAGACUAGUUUUGGCAGAUGCUCAUGAGCCUCACCUUCCUGCUUUUUGUUAUGGAGCAGAAUCACUGAACAGGACAUACAAAAGGCAAGGGAGAGGAACUUUAAUCAUACUUUGUCUCAGCUGCCAUUCAAGAUUUUAGUUGAUGGCAACAGAGCCUACAGGUCAACAUGUAAAAUAAGCUCUGAAACACAUCUGUGGUUUAAUCAUCUGUUUUUUGUAGCAUUCCAUAAGCAAUAAUUCAGGUUGCAGUGCAAGUACUUUUCUGUAGUUGCUUAAUAAUUUGUUUAUUAAUCAUUACAUUUUGGAAUAUUAAUAGCAGGCUUCUUGAAGGUAGUAAAGCCUGCUUUAAAGCAGACAUAUGAGCUUGCAUUGUCAUAUACAAGUUUGUGUUGUGUUCCACUCAAGCAGUUAACUUUCCACCUCCAAACCACUCAACACUUACCUGCUGCAGGAGCAGUGCCACUUAGUGCAAACUAUGAAAGGAUGCUGUAGGCAUCAAUAAAUCACCAAAAGAUCAUGAACUUCAGUUGGUGAUUGAUAAUGUAUCUUUAAUUUAUUUGGCAUUGGACUUUAUUUCUUUUCUGGGUAAAGGAGAUCUUAAACUAUUGUGCCAGUGCAGUCUGUCUCCGAUAUGGAUUAGAUAGAAAUCACUCAGUCCAUUUUCACCAUGGCUUCUGCAAGUACAGAAGUAUGCAGUGACACUGUAUUAAGUAACCUCCCAAGCUGGAAUAUUUGAAUGUUUAAGAUUGGACUUUAUACCUGGAAUCUUUUUCAGCUUGAACUAACUGAACAGGUAUAAGUUCUGUGCCAUGUAACUUGAUGAACUAUAAAAGAUAAUCAAUUAUUGACACCUGAUUAUAACAGGGACCUCUGAUCUGUUUUUCAGUUAUAGAAAGCAUCAUCUUUAAGGUUACAGUCAAGGAGUUGAAUAUGAAUAAAUAAAGCAUCGAGUGUUUUUCAGCCCUGCUGAAAUUGCAGGAGAGGAAACACCUAAAAGUGAAAUAUCUCUAAUUUUCUGACUGACACUAUUAAGCUGCUUAGUUAAUAUUUGUACAUAUGUUGAACUUUAUUUUAGGUAGAGUAUUACAUAGUAUUGAAAUGUCAUAUUUUGUACAAAUGUUCAUGUAUGUACAGAACAAAAAUAAACUGGGUCUCACAAGUAAUGUUACUU